GGCCUAUAGGAAGCACAAUGAAAACGUCGGUAGAUAUGUCUGAUUUCAUGAUCACCCGUCGUUGUUAGAUAAAAGUAGAUUUAGGUAAAUAAUGAAAGAAUAAUUGUGUUAGACGAAGUGCUGAUUCAUACAGAUAGGAUUUUAUGUUCUAGUGCUAUAAUUUGUGGACACAAAAAUAAUAAAAUUAUCGACACUGAUAAGUAAAAAAUGGCAGCCCUUCCACGCAGAAUAAUUAAAGAAACUCAGCGUUUAAUGGCUGAACCCGUACCAGGAAUUAGUGCUGUACCGGAUGAUAGUAACGCUCGGUAUUUUCACGUAAUCGUAACGGGCCCCGAGGAUUCCCCAUUCGAAGGGGGGCUUUUUAAAUUAGAAUUAUUUCUUCCUGAAGAUUACCCCAUGUCUGCACCUAAAGUAAGAUUUAUAACUAAAAUAUAUCAUCCUAACAUCGAUAGACUUGGUAGAAUAUGCCUUGACAUUCUAAAAGAUAAGUGGAGUCCAGCUCUACAAAUUCGUACAGUUUUAUUAUCCAUUCAGGCCUUACUUAGUGCUCCAAAUCCAGAUGAUCCAUUAGCUAAUGAUGUUGCAGAACUAUGGAAAAUAAAUGAAUCAGAAGCAAUUAGAAAUGCAAAGGAAUGGACACGACGAUAUGCUAUGGACAAUUAAUUGUGCUCCAAAUAAAUAUGGGUAAAAAACAUAAUAAUUUUACAUUUACUAGUGUAUGUUACGUUUAUUUAAUUUAUAGAUCAAAGUAGAAUUCUUAUGUUUGUUACCAUACAGUUGUAUAAAACUAUUGCUAAUGAGAGAACUUUCUAAAUUAAUUGUUUCAGUUUUCUUAUAUUUUGAUCACAACCUUCAUUGUUAUUCAAUAGUGUAUAUUUGACUUUUAUUAUUACAUCUUCUUUUAUACUUCAUAA